AUGGACGAGGUUGGUGUCUUAACAGAGAGUUUUGGAUUAAAACAGCAAGGCAAAUUGGCUCGGAUGGCCGCUUGGAAACCACCCAAUAACACCACCAGUGCCCGAGCCCGAAAUUUCGCUUCAAAUUCAAUCUUAGACCAAAACUCGUCUUCAUAUUCUUCGAGAUCUUCCCAAAAUUCCAAUUCAGUUAAUGGGUAUUUUUUUUAUGAUCAUGAAACUCUUUAUAGCAGUCAAAAAUCCCUGAAGUUUGGUGGUUUAGAUGAUGGUUUUGACAUUUUGGUGUCUUCCAAAAUAACUCAAGGCAAACGACUAAGAAUGGCCCUGGGUCUUCUUUUGAUUACGAUUCCAUAUUCUCUAAUUCUAAUUACUCGAGUGCUAAAUUGUCAUCUGAUGGCGAUAUAUUGGGUGGGUUCAACAGCUCGAAUUCCAUUUAUAACGAUGAUAUUUUUGGGUCCUUUGCCUCUAAGCCGAAGCAAACUGCACCGAUUGAUGACUUGCUUGGGACCUUUGGCGGAAAAACGAAGAAAGCCGGAAUGGAUCUGCAGGUUUUGAUGCUUUGAUACCUGGGUUUGGUUCAAGCAACUUAUCAAAGGAGGGGCAUGUGACUGUGUGUUCUAUGAAAGUUUUAUUUCACUGAUUAGUUAAUUGAUUGUUUUGUUUUAUUUGUUAAAUGCCAAUGCUUUAGUUUAUUAAUAUUUUUAUUUAUUUCCGGGAGAAGGAUUAGCUUUUGGAUUAUCAGGGAACUUAAUUACUUUAAGAGAAGGGUUCUGAUUAAAUUUAAUGACGUACGAGAAUUGUGAUGGGAGUUCA